CCGCCAAAACGGGCCGGGGGGCGGGUGUAUCUCCUAAGCAGGGAAAGCGCUCAGACAGGAAAGCAACUUGGAUCAGUCUCGGUUGGAUUCGUUGGACUUGCGUCGUUUUAUAUCACUCUCUUUUUCUCGGGAAUAUUUUCAAAUUUCCUCACAUAAGAUAUGAAAGGAGUUGUACGGAAGAGCAAAUUCCGUCACGUCUUCGGCCAGGCGGCGAAAAAUGAUCAGUGCUACGACGAUAUCCGGGUGUCAAGGGUCACAUGGGAUAGCUCAUUCUGUGCGGUCAACCCGAAGUUUGUCGCCAUAAUUAUUGAAGCCAGCGGUGGUGGAGCUUUCCUGGUUCUCCCGCUAAAUAAGGCGGGACGCAUCGACAAAGCCUGCCCAACAGUGUGCGGGCACACCAGUCCAGUGUUGGACAUUGACUGGUGCCCCCACAAUGAUCAGGUCAUCGCCAGCAGCUCUGAGGACUGCUCAGUGAUGGUGUGGCAAAUUCCUGAGAACGGCCUCGUGGCUCCCAUGUCCGAGCCCGCCGUGGAACUGAAAGGUCAUUCCAAGCGAGUUGGCGUAAUCACAUGGCACCCCACAGCUCGCAAUGUUCUUCUGAGUGCAGGUUGUGACAACGUGAUCAUCAUCUGGAACGUGGGCACGGGCGAGGCCAUGAUCACUUUGGAUGACAUGCAUCCCGAUAUGAUUUACAAUGUUUGCUGGAAUCGCAAUGGCAGUCUCAUCUGCACUGCCUGCAAGGACAAGUCUGUCCGUGUUAUUGACCCGCGCAAGGAGGAAAUUGUUGCUGAGAAAGAAAAGGCACAUGACGGCGGUCGUCCCAUGAGGGCUAUUUUUCUGAAGGAUGGCAAAAUCCUCACCACUGGUUUCAAUCGUAGGAGUGAGAGACUAAUCGCCCUGUGGGACACGAAAAACUUUGAGGAGCCCAUGACAAUGCAUUGCAUGGAUGCCAGCAACGGGGUACUCUUGCCCUUCUAUGACCCAGACACCAACAUGGUUUACGUUUGUGGAAAGGGUGACAGCAGCAUCCGCUACUUUGAAGUGACAGAUGAAGAUCCAUAUGUUCACUUCCUUAGCAGCUUUGUCUCCAAGGAGUCUCAGAGGGGCAUGGGCUGCAUGCCAAAGAGGGGCCUCGAUGUCAACAAGUGUGAAAUUGCAAGGUUCUAUAAACUGCAUGAAAGGAAAUGUGAGCCUAUCGUGAUGACUGUACCAAGAAAGUCUGACCUGUUUCAGGAUGACUUGUACCCUGACACGGCUGGGCCUGACUCGGCCCUGGAGGCCGAGGAGUGGUUUGAGGGGAGGAAUGGUGACCCCAUCCUAAUCUCUCUCAAAAAUGGCUACGUUCCAACCAAGUCCCGUGAUUUCACGGUUGUCAAAAGGAACAUUUUAGAUGCCAAGGUGACCAAGAGCACAGAGAACUCCUCCUCGGCCCAGAAUGCACCGUUUCAGUCGGAUGGCAAGCUGGAAGAGAUUUUGAAAGAAAUCAAAUCCCUCAAGGACCUGGUCAGCAGUCAGGAGAAGCGACUUGUCACACUUGAAGAACAAAUGUCCAAACUUGCUAUUUAGGGACUCUUUGCCCGACCUGCUACAAUCCACCCCGUUCCACUGGCUGGGAGGACGACGCAACCAAUCACAGCCUAACUCCAUGACAGUGAUUCGUUUGGGGCCUGUCUUUGCGGCAAUCCCUCGCAACAUUCCAGACGAACUUUUCCUAGCCAGACCCAAACCCUCUGCAUAACACAGUUGGAAUAAGGACAUGUGGCAACUUUUGCAGGAACUAUUCCUCCUCCUCUCCCCCCUCCCCUUACAAAGAACUGUUCCCCUUUCAUUCUGCGGCUUUUUUUAAAACUUGUAUAAUCAUUUCCCUUUUUUGACAAAAGAGUGAAAUAAUUUCCAAUUAAAAACAUUCCCUAUUUUUUCCUUUUAUAUGUUUUGUUGCCAUACGACAACAUCGGAAUGGCGAUAAACGGAAAUAUUUGCUUGCAUAAUGCUCACUUGGAUGACUUUCUUGACGAUUGAGGCUGCACAAAUCAACAUUUACCUAUCUUGUUCUUUUGUCCUAUUUUUCUUAAUGUCACAUGCAUUCCUGUAUGCUUGGUGCGGUAAAUGAAAAUGUGCUCCUGUUAUUUUAAUGUGCAGCCCCCAAAAAUAACGCAUUCAUCAAUCAUUAGAGCUCUCCUUGGCUUCUGGGAGAGCUUCAGGCACAGUCCACACACGAUAGUCGGUGUGAUAAGAUCAUUGGUUGCCUUUGAGCAUCGCCAACAAUCAUGAAAAGAGAAUGUAACAUUGCAUAAUUGGUGAUCAAAUUGAAGAUUGCCACAGAAAAUUGCUCAAGAUAGAUUUUUUAAAAAAAAGGUAGAUUGUGUGACUCUGUGCCUAACGUCUUUGGCCUUUCUAAAUGUCAGCCUGGACGUUCCGUUUUUGCUUAAUGGGUGUGGGUUGUUUUUUUAUUCAUUGUAAGGUUUUUUUUCAGCCUAUUUCUCAUUCCAGCUGUGCUUAUGUCCCUCUUCGUGCAUCCACGUUUCCCCCUAAUACAGUACAGGAACCCCUGGUGAGUUAAUAGAAAAGAUCCAUUUUCAUAAUUUUCAAUCUGCUUCCCAUUGGGAAGAAGAGACGGGUAAAAAGUGUUUGUCACUCGCUUUCGAUAUUUGUUGCCUCUGUAAAGCCCUGAAAGUGCCAUAGUCGCGACUGUGCAGUUGUCUUGUACUGCUGUGUAUUUGCGUGUUUAGUUCAAGUCACGUAGUAAAAGGAAGAAAAAGAAACUACUUAAGGUGCUGAAAUGUGCAAGUUCAUCAGACUUGGGAUUCUCCACAAGUCUGUCUCCUGGAUGACAUCUUUACUUUGAAACAUCUCAUAAUUAUAGCAAGUAUUAUUGCGCCUCAUUUGGAAUAGCAGUAUAACAUUACAAGCCAUUAAAAAAAAAAAUAAAGGGCCAGUAUUGGUGGGUGGAAUUUAGUGGGACAUGACGAUCUGGUGCUUUGCUUGCACUGUUAGCACCUGAGCUCGGUUUCUUAGAAAAGUAGUAUAAAAUAGCUAAUCCAAAGGGACACUGUAGGUUGGAAAUUGUUCAGUUGAAAGAUUUAUGUUUGUAUUAAGGUUGAGAAAAUGAGUGCAAGCUGUAUAAAUGAUGUUUUUUGUUUUUUAAUUUCUUUUCCUUUGCUUUGUUGCUGUGCCGAAGAGGGUUUUUUUGGUUGUUUUUUGGGGUUGGUGGGUUUUAAAUGUUUCUCCUUGUUUGUGUUCCCUGCACCUUGCCAUUAUGUAACCUCUGUUAUACUGGAGGCCGUGUAUGAAAAUCAAAGCAAAAUCAAGUGAAAACGAACCAGGUUAAAACCUCACGCCGAGGUGCGCUCAGCAUUUUUAUUUUUCUUGCUUCAAGUAUCAAAACAUUGAUUCCCCCCAAAAAAAUAAUAAAGACUUUUUAAAAUGA